GCCUGCGCAGUAGACAACGUGAAAAUCUGAAUCAUCGACGGAGGGAGAGAAGGGGGGUAACUGUAGAGUGAUGGGACCUGGCUGAGGAAACAGCAGCGAGCGAUCACUCUCCGAGCUGGUAAUGAAAGACAGAUGUGAAGGAUGACUUCGUGCUCAGAGAUCUGUGGGUCGGAAUACAGAGAGCAGGCUCAAUCCGGCGGAAACGGCCAACAGUACGGAGUCCGCUCCUACCUCCACCAGUUCUAUGAGGAGUGCACAGGUUCUAUCUGGGAACGUGAUGAAGAUUUUCAGAUUCAGAGAUCGCCAAGCAGGUGGAGCUCUUUACUCUGGAAGGUCUGUCUCACGUUUGGAACACUGGUCCUUGUUACAGGUCUUAUUGUUGUUUUGGUGGGUUACGCAACACCGACUAUGACUGAAGCAUUUGGUGAAGAUGAUCUCCUGUUUGUUGACAGCUACGCUGUCCGUUUCAACCGUGCACUGGAUGUCUGCAAACUGACCGGUGCGGUGCUGUUCUGUGUGGGCGGCACCUCCAUGGCUGUGGGUCUUCUGCUGUCUGCCUUUGCUAAAAGCUACUCCAAAGACGAACUGUACCUGCAGCACAAGUUUAAGGAGCGGUUAGCAGAUCUCCAUGCAACAGUUGGUUCAUCAAUAAUGAAAGCACCAACUCCUGGGGAGGGAAAGGUGCCUGUAACGCUCUCCAAAGUUCAGAACAUACAACCUGUGGCCACAAAAGCAGAGACCUGAUCGGCGCCCCAAUAAAGAAAGACACAAAGUGAAAUAGGAUUGAACUGUGUGUAGGAUGUGUAUAAUUGAGGGCCCAUGUGAGUGUUCAUCUUAAUGAGCAGUUUAUCUUUAAAAAAAAAAAAAAAGGCCAGCUUAAGUGGCUGCUAGGUCUUUUCUUUUUGGUUGUCAUUUUUAAUAGCUUCAUUGACACAACUGAUGUCAUCAUUCGAACCAUGGCGAUAAAAACUCAUUGAGCAGAGACAACGCUUUGCGGGAAAAGAAUCUGAGGAGGAAAUUAAAAAGCAGCAUCCAGUCAAGAAGAACAUAGCAUUGUUUUUGACAGCGAUAGACAUCUUUGGAAAUGACAGAGGAUGUUAAUGAGAAAGAGGAGCUGAACAGAGCAGCUCAGUUAUUCUGACGCUCAACAUGAAAAAAGCUCAAAUUGAUUUUUAACAUGGUAAUUACUGCCACGCUAUUUUAGAUCACGAGUGCUACGUUUUGGUGCUAUUUGUCAACAAGCCAGAGAUCUGCCAUUUUAGACCGCCAGAGAAAAAGUGCAAAUAUUAUUUUUUGUCAAAAAGACCCACUGAAAUAGAAUUCACAGGCAGAACAUUGACAUUUUCUUAUUGCUUGUUACUCCUCUAACCUUGUUUCUUCAAUAAACCUUCAGACAGGAUCAAUAGACUGAGCGUAGAUGCAGAGAAACAAUCUAUAUCACACAAAAAGAAAACACGCCAAAUAGAAUGGCUUGACCAAAAAAAUAAAAAAAACUCCCAGUGUCAUUUCUUAAAACUAUGAACUGU